CUUGGUCUAAGGCUUUCCUAUUUCCUGGUUCGCCGGCGGCCAUUUUGGGUGGAAGCGAUAGCUGAGUGGUGGCUUCUGCUGAUUGUGUUCUAAGGGGACGGAGUCGGGGGAAGACGUUUGCUCUCUCGGAACAGCGUAUCUCAUUCCUCUCCCUUCGACUACCCGUGGCGCGGAGAGUUAGGGCGGCGGCUGCAGCAGCAAGGGCGGCGGUGGCGGCGGCGGCAGCUGCAGUGACAUGUCCAGCAUGAAUCCCGAAUAUGAUUAUUUAUUCAAGUUACUUCUGAUUGGCGACUCUGGAGUUGGAAAGUCUUGCCUCCUUCUUAGGUUUGCAGAUGAUACAUAUACAGAAAGCUAUAUCAGCACAAUUGGUGUGGAUUUCAAAAUAAGAACUAUAGAGUUAGAUGGGAAAACAAUCAAACUUCAAAUAUGGGACACAGCAGGCCAAGAAAGAUUUCGAACAAUCACCUCCAGUUAUUACAGAGGAGCCCAUGGCAUCAUAGUUGUGUAUGAUGUGACAGAUCAGGAGUCCUUCAAUAAUGUUAAACAGUGGCUGCAGGAAAUAGACCGUUAUGCCAGUGAAAACGUCAACAAGUUGUUGGUAGGGAACAAAUGUGAUCUGACCACAAAGAAAGUAGUAGACUACACAACAGCAAAGGAAUUUGCUGAUUCCCUCGGAAUUCCAUUUUUGGAAACCAGUGCUAAGAAUGCAACGAAUGUAGAACAGUCUUUCAUGACAAUGGCAGCUGAGAUUAAAAAGCGAAUGGGUCCUGGAGCAACAGCUGGUGGUGCAGAGAAGUCCAAUGUUAAAAUUCAGAGCACUCCGGUCAAGCAGUCAGGUGGAGGUUGCUGCUAAAAUUUGCCUCCGUCCUUUUCUCACAGCAAUGAAUUUGCAAUCUGAACCCAAGUGAAAAAAACAAAAUUGCCUGAAUUGUACUGUAUGUAGCUGCACUACAACAGAUUCUUACCGUCUCCACAAAGGUCAGAGAUUGUAAAUGGUCAAUACUGACUUUUUUUUUAUUCCCUUGACUCAAAGACAGCUAACUUCAUUUUCAGAACUGUUUUAAACCUUUGUGUGCUGGUUUAUAAAAUAAUGUGUGUAAUCCUUGUUGCUUUCCUGAUACCAGACUGUUUCCCGUGGUUGGUUAGAAUAUAUUUUGUUUUGAUGUUUAUAUUGGCAUGUUUAGAUGUCAGGUUUAGUCUUCUGAAGAUGAAGUUCAGCCAUUUUGUAUCAAACAGCACAACCAGUGUCUGUCACUUUCCAUGCAUAAAGUUUAGUGAGAUGUUAUAUGUAAGAUCUGAUUUGCUAGUUCUUCCUCGUAGAGUUAUAAACGGAAAGAUUACACUAUCUGAUUAAUAGUUUCUUCAUACUCUGCAUAUAAUUUGUGGCUGCAGAAUAUUGUAAUUUGUUGCACACUAUGUAACAAAACAACUGAAGAUAUGUUUAAUAAAUAUUGUACUUAUUGGAAGUAA